GGCUGACUUUGCGCAUGCGCCCUGGCGCCCCAGUCACCCGCUUGGACUUCCGGUUUGGGAGCUGGACAAGGCUAGAGAGCCCGGCUUGGGGCCGACCCCGGGUGCUUGACGCUGGCGGGUGUGAAGAGAUACGAGUGGGUUGAGGGACAACCCCAAAGAGAGACAUUCCCAGGGGUGGGCUGGAGGGUGCUAUCCAGAACCUUAGCCCCAUCGGAGGUCUGUGGAGGGCACUGUACCACGGCUCCGAGAGUGACCUGGCCGGAGGAAGCGAAGACAAAGAGGCCGAACCCCGCCACCCGCCGCUUCCUGAGCUGAGCUCCGCGCCCGCCAACUCCGCAGCACUCGGGUCUCCUGGCCAGCAGCCGAGCUCGUCCUCAGGCCACCCAUUACUACUGCCCCGUCGGACUCUCUCUCCACCAACUCAGUGCGACUCUCCUCCCAAGCCCGUUUGUUCUCGCUUCAGGAGCCAAAACCAACUUCUCCCAGUCGCGAGGUUUCCCGUCAGUAGUUCCCUAAUAUUUGUUGAGCGGGUACUUCUGAUGAGGAAACUCUUACAGAGAGACUCAUCUGCAGGUGAUCCAAGUACAUGGGAAGAUAGGCAUGAGCCCUGGAACCCAGACCCUUAUGUGGAGGAAAGCUGCUUUCUGCUGUGAAUGAUGGCCAAACCCACUCUGAGAGGGAAUGGUACUAACUCUGAGACCUUCCAACAGCGCUUCAGGAAAUUUCAUUACCAGGAGGCAGCUGGUCCCCGGGAGGCUUUCAGCCAACUCUGGGAACUUUGCUGUCGGUGGCUGAGGCCGGAGAUACACACCAAGGAGCAGAUUGUAGAGUUGUUGGUGCUAGAGCAGUUCCUGACCAUCUUACCUGGGGAGAUCCAGAAGUGGGUACAGAAGCAAUGUCCAGAAAGUGGAGAAGAGGCUGUGGCUCUGGUGGAAGACUUAGAAAGACAGCCUGGAAGACCUGGACGUUCGGUCACAGUCUCUGUGAAGGGGCAGGAAGUGCGCUUGGAGAAGAUGACACCCAUGAAAUCAACACAAGAGUUAUUAAGUGUUCGGCAGGAGUCAGUGGAACCCCAGUCCAGGGGUGUACCCAAGAAAGAGAGGGCAAGAAGCCCAGACCUGGGACCACAGGAGCAGAUGAAUCCAAAGGAGAAGCUCAGACCUUUUCAAAGGAGCGGAUUUCUAUUUCCUAAAUCCAGUGUGGUCUCCAAGUUGGAGCAAGGAGAGCCUUGGAUCCCAGAUCUGGGCUCCAAGGAAAAGGAGAUCCCAAGAGGCAAUCUCACAGGAGACAGACAAAUGCAUGCUGAUCUGUUACCAUCCAGGAGAGAGAAAAAACGCUGGGUGGAACAGGAUCACUGGGGCUUUGAGGAUGAGAAGGUGGCAGGUGUGCACUGGGGCUAUGAAGAGACAAGAACACUCCUUGCAAUUCUUAGUCAGACAGAAUUUUAUGAGGCUCUCCGAAACUGUCAUCGAAACAGCCAAGUAUAUGGGGCUGUGGCUGAGCGGCUCCGGGAGUAUGGCUUCCUCCGGACCCUGGAACAGUGUCGGACCAAGUUCAAAGGCCUUCAGAAGAGCUAUAGGAAAGUCAAGAAUGGCCACCCACCUGAGACCUGCCCCUUCUUUGAAGAGAUGGAAGCCCUGAUGAGUGCUCAGGUUAUUGCUCUGCCCAGUAACGGCCUGGAAGAGGCGGCCUGUCACUCUGGCUUGGCAAGCAGUGAUGCUGAGACGGAGGAACCAGGUCCAGGGAGUUGGCAGCAUGAGGAGGAAGCAGAAGAGGCCAUGGCUGAAGAGUCUGACAGUGAUGAAAUGUGCCAGAAAGCCAACCCCCAGGACCCCAACAACUCGACUGCACCUGUCCUUUUCCGAAGCCAAAGUGGUGUACACUGGGGCUAUGAAGAGACAAAGACUUAUCUUGCAAUUCUUAGUGAGACUCAGUUUUACGAAGCCCUCCAGAACUGUCACCGGAACAGCCAGUUGUAUGGAGCAGUGGCUCAGCGGUUAUGGGAAUAUGGCUUCCUUAGGACACCAGAGCAAUGUCGGACCAAGUUUAAAAGCCUACAAACAAGCUAUCGGAAAGUCAAGAAUGGCCAAGCACCAGAGACCUGUCCCUUCUUUGAAGAGAUGGAUGCUUUGGUGAGUGCCCACAAUGCUGCCCCACCCAGUGAUCUCCAGGAAGAAGACACAGCUUCUUGCCCCAUGCAGGAUACCAGUGAGGCAGAAGAGGCCACAGAAGAUUCUGAUGAUGAAGAGGAUACUGAGCUACCCCCAGGGGCUGUCAUGACACGUGCUCCAGUCUUAUUCCAGAGCCCUAGUGGUUUUGAGGCCGGAUUUAAGAAUGAAGAGAAUCUAAAACGGGAUAUUUCUGAGGAAGUGCAACUACAUAGGACAUUACUUGCAAGGUCUGAAAGGAAAAUUGUCCGGCAUCUUAAUCAGGGCAAAGGCAGUAAGAGUGGAUGUAGAUCAGGAAGACAGUGGGAAAGGACUCCAGGGGAGAGAAGAGGAAAGCCCACACUCCCAGACAGAAGUUUAUGUAAAGUUCUAAGUCAUCAGAGACCUUACUUAGGAGAGAGACCCUAUAAAUAUCUUAGAUACGGCAAAAGCUUUGGUCCAAACUCCCACCUCAUGCAUCAGAUAUCCCAUCAAGUGGAAAAUCCAUAUAAAUGUGCUGACUGUGGGAAAAGCUUCAGUCGGAGUGCACGCCUCAUUAGACACCGGAGAAUCCACACUGGAGAGAAACCAUAUAAAUGUCUUGACUGUGGGAAAAGUUUCCGUGACAGUUCAAAUUUCAUCACCCAUAGGAGAAUCCACACAGGAGAGAAACCGUAUCAAUGCAGUGAGUGUGGAAAACGUUUCAAUCAGAGCUCAAGCCUUAUAAUUCACCAGAGAACGCACACAGGAGAAAAGCCCUAUCAAUGUGAAGAAUGUGGAAAAAGUUUCAAUAACAGUUCUCAUUUUAGUGCACAUCGGAGGAUACACACAGGAGAGAGACCCCAUGUGUGUCCUGAUUGUGGAAAGAGUUUUAGUAAGAGUUCUGACUUACGUGCACAUCAUAGAACCCACACAGGAGAGAAACCCUAUGGGUGUCAUGAUUGUGGCAAGUGCUUCAGUAAAAGCUCUGCUUUGAAUAAGCACAGAGAAAUCCAUACAAGAGAAAAACUUCUGACACAGCCAGUGCCUAAGUAGUAAGCCCCUGAGUAUCUAUAAGAAAAUAAAGAGCCUCAAUAAAUGUUUGAAAUUGUUUGAAAAAGUCUUUCAAUAAGUGAGAUCCAUCUCCUAUUCUGUGCCCAACUAGCUUAGGAAAUACUCUAGGAUUUACCUCACUGUUCCUGUUUCUCUUGGAUCAAAUUCCCAAGGCAGUCAUCUUAAGGAUAAAAGGAAGAUUUCAGUCCAUCUCCAUGUCUGCAUCUGAACUGACAGGUAACAUCUUUUCCUUUCAGUACCUAUGUUGUUUCUUAAUAGAGAGGUCAUAGUAGUAGAUCCUAUGAGUCUGACAUGUACCCCUCUUUACUCAUCCUGUUAAGCAGCUGCAUUUUGAGUGGAAAAACCCAUCACAGCAGCAUUUAAGGGACAAGAUGUGAGAUUUCUCGUUGAGUAGGUCUAGCUCUUUAUACAGUAAUGGAAGUACAAAAACAAAAGGCUCUUCCUGCUCACUUAAGCCUGUGCCCAGAAUGAAAUACAGAUGGCCCUCAACUUACAGGAGUUUGACUUUGUGAUGGAGCGAAUGCAACAUGCCUUCAGUAGAAACCGUAGGCUAGGCUAUGAUGUUUGGUAGCUUUAAAGGCAUUUUUGACUUACAAAAUAUUCAAUUUAUGACAGGCUUAUCUGGACAUAACCCCAUUGUAAGUAGAGGAGCAUCUGUAUUUGUCAUGAACUGUUCAUUUACCUUGAAGGAGAGUUUAAUGUCCAUCUUGGUUCGGACCUAUGAAUCUUAUCAAGAACCUAGGUGUUCUAUAUGGGGAAACAAUGUAACCUUGUAUAAAUAUUUAGGUGUAAACCCUGGGUUUCUUAGUUUCUUCGAAGCCCUAGAAGAUCUGGAA